GAGAGAGAGAGAGAGAGAGAGAGAGAGAGAGAGAGAGAGAGCAAAAGUAAAAGUAUACACACAAGAAGAUCAAGACAAUUCAAGAAAGAUGGGUAGAGCACCAUGUUGUGACAAAACAAAUGUGAAAAAGGGACCUUGGUCUUCUGAAGAAGAUGCUAAGCUCAAAGAUUACAUCGAAAAGUAUGGUACUGGUGGUAACUGGAUUGCACUUCCCCAGAAGAUCGGGCUAAAGAGGUGUGGAAAAAGUUGCAGAUUGAGAUGGUUAAAUUACCUUCGACCCAACAUCAAGCAUGGAGGAUUCUCUGAAGAAGAAGACAACAUCAUCUGCAGCCUCUAUAUUAGUAUAGGCAGCAGGUGGUCUAUAAUAGCGGCUCAACUUCCUGGAAGAACAGAUAACGACAUCAAGAACUACUGGAACACAAGGCUGAAGAAGAAGUUACUCGGAAGGCGCAAACAAUCGCAGGCGAAUAAGCUCUCGGGUUCAAGCCAGGACCCGAAAGACGGCAGCAGAAUAGAAACCCUAAGCAACUCAGCUAUUGAAAGGCUUCAACUUCACAUGCAACUCCAAAGCCUUGAAAACCCUAAUUUCCCUCACUAUGAUAAUCCCCCCAUGUGGCCUUGCAAGUUGAAUCCUAUACAAGAAAAAAUGAUGCAAACUCUCCAACUUGCAAAUGAAUCCUCUAAUCCUCUCAUGAUGCAAAAUUUCUCACCUGCUACUCCUCAAAAGGUUGAAUACUAUGCACAAUCCAAUAACCCUCUUUCUCUACAAGAAAACUGGGUCGUUUCCGACGGCAAUAUGAUGAUAAACACAAUGGAGAAUUCCAUGGGAAUCAACAUUCCUGAGUCAUCAUCUCUUGUCCCGGAACCAGAUGGCACAAAACAACCACCUAGCAUGCAAUUACAACAGUGCUGGUCAUUUCAAGCCGAAAUCGAUGAGCUCUUGAGCAACAAAGGAGCUACACCGCUAGAGGGGCCGCCGAUGAGUAGUGAGUUUGAUUGUUUCAAGGACAUGAAUCGUGCAAAAGACGGUAUGACUUGGUGGCCUAACGAAUUCGAAGGAAAUUCAACUUCUUCAAACUCUUGGGAUUCAACUGGUGUUCUAGAUCAUAAGCAGACAGACGUGAAGUAUAAAGAAUUAGUGAUUGGACAUAACCUACAAUGAGAGAAGAGGCACUAUACGAUUGUGAUUCAUCAUGGUUUUUUCAAAUUUAUUUUUCAUGAAAUUAGGUAUAAGGAUAGACAGUAAAGUGAAGUAGAAUCCUAUAACUACUUAAUGUAUAAAUUUGUGUAAUAACGUCGUGUCGAUUUCUUGUUAUGUUUGUCGAAUAUAUAUACUAUAUAAUACCACUAUUUCACAUA